GGUUCUAGCGCAGGGCACUGGGGGACUGGUAGUUCGGGACUGUCCCCCGGGGCUUCGCAUCGCGAAGGAUGAGAAAUGACCACAAGUCCCAGAAGGCCGCGCGGUCUCACCAGCGGGCGCGUCAGUUCUAAGGGCAACUCCUCUGGCAGAAGCUGUGCAUCUGGUGGCCGCGGGGUCUUAUAGUGAUCACGGCGUUGCUUCCCUCGGUGGCUUCCUUCCUCACCCUAAGGCCGCCGCCAUGAAGGAUUCCCUGGUGCUGCAGAGCCGCGUCCCGGCGCACCCGGACUCCCGCUGCUGGUUCUUGGCCUGGAACCCCACCGGGACCCUGUUGGCCUCGUGCGGCGGCGACCGUAAAAUCCGCAUCUGGGGCACCGAGGGUGACAGUUGGGUUUGCAAGUCUGUCCUUUCUGACGGCCAUCAGCGCACCGUAAGGAAAGUGGCCUGGUCCCCCUGUGGAAAUUUUCUGGCCUCUGCCAGCUUUGAUGCUACCACUUGCAUUUGGAAGAAGAACCAGGAUGACUUUGAGUGUGUAACCACUCUCGAGGGGCAUGAAAAUGAGGUCAAAUCUGUGGCUUGGGCCCCAUCUGGCAACCUCUUGGCUACCUGCAGCAGAGAUAAGAGUGUGUGGGUCUGGGAAGUUGACGAAGAAGAUGAGUAUGAAUGUGUCAGUGUCCUCAACUCUCAUACACAGGACGUUAAGCAUGUGGUUUGGCACCCGAGCCAGGAGCUUUUAGCUUCUGCCAGCUACGAUGACACAGUGAAGCUGUACCAAGAAGAAGGAGAUGACUGGGUCUGCUGUGCCACUCUUGAAGGUCAUGAGUCCACUGUGUGGAGCUUGGCCUUUGACCCCAGUGGCCAGCGUCUGGCAUCUUGUAGUGAUGACCGUACUGUACGCAUCUGGCGACAGUAUCUACCAGGAAAUGAACAAGGAGUGGCAUGCAGUGGCUCUGACCCCAGCUGGAAAUGUAUCUGCACUUUGUCGGGCUUCCACACCAGGACCAUUUACGACGUUGCUUGGUGUCAGCUGACAGGGGCCCUGGCUACAGCUUGUGGAGAUGAUGCCAUCCGAGUGUUUGAGGAGGAUCCGGGCUCAGAUCCACAGCAGCCCACCUUCUCUCUGACAGCCCAUCUGCGUCAGGCCCAUUCCCAGGAUGUCAACUGUGUGGCUUGGAAUCCCAAGGAGGCAGGGCUCCUGGCUUCUUGUAGUGAUGACGGGGAGGUGGCCUUUUGGGAGUAUCACCAGCCUGCAGGCCUCUGAGCUAUGGCCUGACUUGGGAGUCUUGAUUCCCUGAGAAGAGGUCCUAAGACUUUCCUAGUCACGGAGAGGACAUGAAGCAUCCUUAACCUUCAUUUGGCUUUCUGACUUCCGUUUUGAUGUGCUGAAGCCACAGGACCAUUCACUGUUUCCCUCCCUUAAUAUGCGGGAGCCACGGGAAAGAGUCAUGGAACAGCAGUAUGCUCUAUUACAAAUUUUGCUUGAUUUAGGGCUGGUGUUGCAUUUUGGGGAUAUAUAUAGUAUUUAUAAUCACUAUAUAUGUAUAUAGGAGAAUGAGUAAGUUUGAGAACUUUCUGAAAUUGUGACCUUUAUAAAAAUAAUCCAUCUGUGCUUCAUUGUUUUACAAAUAAGAUCAUUUAUCAUUUCUUAUAAUGCCACUGUUUAGAAUAGGUUCCGCCUUCCCAAUUUCUAUGGAAGUUCCUUGAAUUUAAGACAUGCAAGCCAGCUGUGGUGUCUUCCUAGCACUCCAUCAGCAACUACAGAGCAAUCAGAAGCAGGUUAGCCUUGGCUACAAAGCAAGUUUGAAUCUAGCCUAGGAAUACAAGACCCUGUCCCCAAAUAGAUGUUCAAAACUGAAGGAAUUUUUUUUCCUUAAAUGUAAGUUUGUUGAGAGUAAAAGGACACUCUGCUUUCCUUUACAAAUCCUUGAGACAUGCUUUUGUGACAACUGAGGAUAUGAAAAGAAACAACCCCCCCCCAUGACAAUUGGUUUUUAGUGAGAGGCAGAAACCUUAAGGUUUUUCUUAAGGCAAUAUUGUGGUCCUCUAAAAGACAACAGCAGUCUGGGUUGGUGGCGCACAUCUUAUGAUCCAGAACGUAAGAGGCAGACUAAUCUACAAAGUGAGUUCCAGGAUAGCCAGGGGCCAUCUCAAAACAAAACAAACAAGCCAAAGUAAUAGCUUAUGUUUGUGCUGCUGCCAAAUCUGUUGUUUUUCAGAGCAGAGAGUAAUUAAGAUGUCUGGUAAGCCUUCUAGAAGAGUGCUGAUUAGGAAAACACUGAGAAAUGCUUAUGGGUUUGAGUAUGAGGGUUGUCUCCAAAACUGGAGCCCUCACUUAAUUUUUUAGAUCACAGUUGUGACUUUAGAGUUUUUGAAAAACAGUGGAAGCAAUAUCCAGAGCAAUGGUGGCUAGACUGAUCUGCAGAUCCCUGGGAGUCUUAGGAACCUUUCAGGGUAAACACUGUAACAUGACUGAGGAACAGUACCAGUUAAAAUAGCCACCUAUCUUCACUAUCUUGUGCCCACAGUGGGAAUGGAGCCAGCUUCCACCACAAGAAAGAUGACUAAUUAUAUUAAACACUGACCCCUGAGAACACUUCUGAUACUGACAAAUGAGAAAAUUCCUUUCAGCCCUCAGCAGUGAAGUACAGUGAUCUUGAGGAAAAAUAGGGACAGUUGUUGCAAGCCAGGUUAGCUGUUCAUGGCAUGCCAUUUUUAUCAGAACUAGAAAAAUAAGGAAUUUACGUUUGGCUAUUUAGCUGUAUUUCUAAAAAAUGAACAUUGGACUUUUCAGUGAGUGUUCACUGCUAAUGGUAAAUGUGUGAAAGACAAAAUUAAAAUUUCUGAAAACUUG